AGGUUGAUCUAUAUGUUAAUUUUUGUUUAUUUUUUCAUAAAAUUAUAACUUAAAUAAUUUGAUUGUAGGCUAAUUAUACAGAUUAAUUAUUGACUCAAAUAGGAUAUAUAUAUAUAUAUAUAUAUUUUAAUUUGUGAUUAAUAAUUUUACUUUUUGUUGAAAACUAUAGUAUAUGAUUAAGAUGGCAAGAGAGAAAGUUUAUAACAUGGAUGAGAAUGAUCAUAAUGAUGAUGAUCAGAUUACAAAGAACAACAUUUCAAGAAUAAAUUCUUUUGAGAAGUUCUCAAGUGAUGUAUAUAUUUCCCCGGACACCCCAACUUCGGUCCUGUCUGAGUUAGCUCGUGAUGAUUUUAAUGAAGCAAAUAAGAAGGUUGCUAGGGUUUCGGGUAGUGCUUCUCCUCUUCUUUUCUCACUUAGAGUUCAAGCAUUGGGGAAGUUGAAUCCAAUUGAUGUUGUUAAUAAGCAUUUGUGGCUUCACUAUUCACAAAAUACACUAGGCUUUGAUAAUAAUUCUACAAUUUUAGGGCAAAAAAAUAGUCAAAAUUUAGAUAUGAAUCAGACAAUAUUAUUAGAUGAUGGUGAUAAUAUUUCAAAUAUGGCAUUGGAAAAAGAUUCUUCAAAAGGGUUAUUGGUUACAAAAUCGAAAUGGUCAUCACCAUUACUUGAACACCCGAAAACAAUACUUUCUAAAGCAGUAUUAGAGCAACCACCAACGCCUUUGUUGCCAUCAAAAGGAGGAGAACCGGCACCAUCACCACCACCUAAGGCAAUUGGAAAUAUUAGAGGUGGUCCGCCGCCACCACCUCCUCCAUUCGGUGCAAAAAUAUCCUUGCGACCUAAGAAAACAGAUAGUAAACUAAAGAGAUCAACUCAAAUUGGAAACCUAUAUCGUCGUCUCAAAAGCAAGGUGGAAGGGACCAAUAAUAACCCUAAUGGGAGAAAAAAUAAUGGAAUAAGAAGUGGUACAAAUGGUGGAAAGCAAGGAAUGGCUGAUGCAUUAGCAGAGAUAACAAAAAGGUCAGCAUACUUUAGAAAAAUUGAAGAAGAUGUUGAAAAGUACACAAAUCCCAUCUUGGAGCUGAAAUCUUCCAUUAGUUGUUUCGAAACAAAAGACAAGGAUAAGCUUUUGAAGUUCCACAAAAAUGUGGAAUUAGUUCUUGAAAACUUAACUGAUGAAACACAGGUGUUGUCAAGGUUUGAAGGGUUUCCUAUAAAGAAGUUGGAGACAUUGAGAAUUUCAUCUUCAUUAUACAUAAAGUUUGACAACAUAAUCAAUGAGCUAAGAAAUUGGAAGAUUGAAAGCCCAAUGGGCCAACUCCUUGACAAGCUUGAUCGUUACUUUGACAAGAUUAAAGGAGAAGUAGAAACCCUAGAACGCACCAAAGAGGAAGAAUCCGUGAAAUUCAAAACCCAUAAUGUUCAUUUCGACUUCAACAUCCUAAUAACAAUAAAAGAAUCAAUGGUGGAUGUUUCCUCAAGCUGCAUGGAGUUGGCAUUAAAGGAGAGGAGAGAAGCUUAUAAUAAGGUGGGUGAAGAGAAUAAAAGAACAAGCGAAAGAAUGAAAUCAAAUAGUAAAUUGCUUUGGAGGGCUUUCGAGUUUGCAUUUCGAGUGUAUACAUUUGCAGGAGGCCAUGAUGAUCGUGCCAACAAACUCACCAUAGAAUUGGCUCAACAAAUUGAUCAUUAUGAUCACUGAUUAUAUAUUUAGAGAUUUUUUUAUUUCUAUGUUUUUAUAUUUUUGGGCAAAAUUUACAAAAAGAUAGUUUCUUUUUCAAAAAAAUAUUUUACGAGAAAAAUUUAAAAUUAAAUAAAAAAAUUUAAAAAAUAUGGAAAAAUAGUUUAUGGUAACUAGUUACCUUCUUAAGGUAAUCAUUU